AUGUGGCCCUACACUCUACCUUCCCUGCCCCUGUUCAUCUGGGACCUCUGCCGGCCCUACCGGGCCUUGCCUGUCACAUAUCCUCCCAACUGUGAGACUGAAUUUGAGGUCAUAGGGGUGGCCAGCCUGGUCAGCUGGCCUGUGCUCCAUAUGACCUCUGUUUGCCUCAGGACCCACUUCCAAUCUGUUGCAAUGGCACUGUUAGCCCAAUCCCCCCUCCCUAAGUCUACCAAGGAGCCCUACCCUCCUGACUCUGCUCAGACCCACACCCUGUCCAGGAGGGAUUUACAGAGCUCCACCUCUGCCCACCAUAUCCUUUCUCAGUGGGGCGAGCUGACAGGUCUGGCUGCUUCACGGUGGUCCAACUCUGGCAUGGGUGGAGGGACUCCUCCCAGGUUGCACUCAACAUUUCCUGAGACUUGGACCCCAAAACAUCUCCUUCCUUUGGGGUUUUUCUGCAGAUGCACUCCUGGGUCCCUGACACCUCUCAGCUGCCUCAGUGGAGCAGUGGCCAGUAUGGGGGAUCCAAGCCAUCACUGA